GAUUCCGGAAAUUAUUUUGUUAGAGGACCCAUCACAGCCCUUGCCGUCUCGGUUGCGUCGACGGAUAGUUUAAAAAAUAUUGGAUGCGCACGUAAGCUACGGAGAGGGUCUCCGACAGGCUUUCCGUGUCUACGUACAGCACUUUACGGAGGACUUUAAACCGGCCUUUACAAAAUAUUGAAUGCGCACGUAGAGCUACGGAGAGGGCUCUCCUUGCCAAGUAGGCCUACGUACAGCACUUUACGGAGGAAUAUAAACCAGCCAGAGUUUUUCGGAGGCCUUCGGUCUCGAUUUGCUGCCGCAUAAGGUAGAUCAAAUACCGCGUUUGUUCCUCGCUAAAGCCGUCCUCAUUUGAUAUUAUAGCCAUCAGUGUGGCAUCCGGAACACACCAUAAAACCAAAGUAAAAUGACAACGCCCCAACUUGACCAGUGUUUGGGCAGCCAAUCGCAAAGGGGUAGUCUGUCUGGCGGAAUGCACACGGGCGGAAGCGGAACCACUAGGCAGCGGGGUUACUCGAGUUCGCUCCUUGAACACCGGCUGGAUCCUCCUGUCACAACAAUACGCGGGUCACCGUCGAGAAACCAUCGAGAUAUUUCGGAAUUUGAAGAGACCAAGUCAAAAUUCGCAUCAUGUGGAUCUUCAUGGUCAUGAUAAGUUUAGCUGUCUCUUAUAAUUCUGGCUAUCCUGCUAUUACGUUCGGACCUUGUCCCCGGGAUGAAUACAGAGUCGGAUUUGAAUGUUGCCCUUUAUGCCAUCCUGGAUCGUAUUUUGUAAAGGACUGCACAGAGAGCAGCAUUACAAAGUGCUCAAGGUGCUCCGGUGGUACUUUCAAAGAAGGCCUUGAUUUGAAGAAGGAAUGCUCUACCUGUACAAAGUGUGACGCAGGUCUCGGUCUGAAGGUGAAGAAGUCGUGUUCAUCAACAUCAGAUGCUGUGUGUGAGGUCCUGGAUGGAUUCUUCUGUAGUGACUCUAACGGAGGUGGAUGUAGGACCGCUCAGAGACACACGGUUUGCAGUCCUGGUCAAUACAUCGGUCAAAGAGGAACAGCAGAUAAAGACACAGAGUGCCUUCACUGUACUGAUGGAACAUUCUCAAAUGGCACAUCAACGUCUUGUCAGAACCACACAAAGAUAGGAUAUACACUACACACCCUGAAACUAAACCUGUUGUCUGGUCCUUCUCAUUUCAGAUGGGAAUCUGUGGGACUGAAUUCAGGAACUGAUUCAACUGAUUCAGAAUGUGGAGAACCUGUGGCAGGAAUAAUACCAGGAGUCCUGCUGGUAAUUGCUUUAAUGGCUUUGAUAAUCAAAGCCAUUAUUCACAGGAAGAAUAAAAGAGGGAUUUACUCUCCUGCACUAACCAGGGACCAACAAGAUCAUCCCACAACUAUCCCUGCUGCCCCUAUGGAUGAUCAUGAUGGUGACCAGAGUCUGGGUCCCCCUCAAGUCCCACAUAAUGGAUCUGUCUCACUCCCACAACAUCCUGAGGACACUCAGACUGUCCUCUUCAGGACAGACGGAGGACAGGAUCUCUGUCCCCCUCACUCUGGGUCCCCCCUCCCCCUCCCGGCCCACCCCCCUCACUCUGGUGCCCCCCUCCCCCUCCCGGUCCACCCCCCUCAGUCUGGGUAGCAGGGAUGGAAAUUAACACCCGCCACACGCCAUUUGCCCGUGGAUUUGUUUGGUGGCGGGUGAAUUGUGUCACUUCACCCGCCACUGUGUCGGGUAAUACUUUCAAGUAAGGUCAGAUCAAAUUUGCAUAUUUAAUACUGUAAUGACCUCGCCGGUGACAUAACGAUGUCCAGUCAUAAGUAUUUGAAGGAACUUUAAUGCACUACUAGUAACGUUACAACUUAAGUUAUGGUGGUGCAACCAAAAUUUAGAACAUCUUUAGUUUGACACUAGCUACGUCGAGCGUAGGGUUAAGGCGGACUUUACACCCGAACUUAUGAUCGGCUUUACGUUCUGCUGGUGCAACCGACUGCAGGUCACUGAAACCCAUAACCAACGGCAACAAUCCACACAAACAACAACCGGUUACCAGGGAAACCCCCAACCCGGCUCCUUCAACGUGCAAGCCCCCCACCCUCCUGUUCUCCCAAGCCCCUCCCCCAGCUGACCUGAUGAUUCGCCCCCCACACUGAUUGACAAGGAGAACAUUCCAAUGCAUGCACAUCGAACAACUGGCAUAUUAAGCCCAGUUCAGACCAAAGAUUCACGGACUAAAGAAAAACAAAACUAACGGACAACGAAAUACAAUGCAACACAAACUCUUUAAAUGUCCCAGGGUCGCUGCAAUACAUUCGUCAUACGGCGCUGCCCAGUUCCACAACCAUUACCGUCAACAUCCGACAUCAUGGUGAACAUCGGACAGUGGGCAACACCGUGACUGGCUGGUGUUUGACGGGACGAGCAAGAGAAUGUUCUGUGCUCUCUGUCAUAAACAUGCUUCCAAUGGCCACAGGUCCAAUAGUUUUGUGAGGGGGACACAAAACCUAAAAUUAGAAGCCGUGAAAGACCACGAGUCUAGAAGACCAGACUUCAUGGAGGGGUAGAAGAAAACUGAGGAGUGCCUCUGAUACCUCAGAAUCAGAUUCUGAUGAGUGACUGUCAACAGGUUUUUUUAUGGCGAGACUUUGUGUGUCUGGUGCCCCCCUCCCCCCCUCAGUCCACCCCCCUCACUCUGGUGCCCCCCUCCCCCUCCCGGCCCAACCCCCUCACUCUGGGUCCCCCCUCCCCCUCCCAGUCCACCGCCCUCAGUCUGGGUCCCCCUCCCCCUCCCAGUCCACCCCCCUCAGUCUGGGUCCCCCCCCCUCCCUGUCAGCCUACAGGACAGCCAACAUUGAGAUGGGUCCAGUCCAUUGAGGGAGCACCAGACCCACUGUUCUGUAGGUGGUUCUCCAAUGUGUUCACCCCUAUGUUCUUAAUAAGUCUGAGUAAGGCCGGGUGUUGAACGUUCGAUACUAUAUCAUUACCAUUCUAAUCAUUACCUUGCCUUCUAUGCUGUAUUAAGAGAUAGGUGUGAUAGUCUUUGGUGAGUCUUCUGAUGACUCUUGUUUCUUGAGAAGAUCAUCCGAUGUUCUUUUUGCCUUUAUUUUACUUAUUUUAAAAUAUUUUCUUUUUGAAAUUUGAUUUUAUUGUAUGACUGUUUCUACGUGAAGCACUUUGAGUCGGCCUCAUGUAGUUGCCUUGUCUUAUGUACAGUUUGUUCAAGGACCUAUUUCGCCCCUGGCGGGAAGAGGCUGUACCGUUGUCCUCAGAGUAAUAACAUGAUGUGUGAAUAGGACCAAAGUUGGGCGGUAGAAGCCACGUGUGGACGGUGUUAGAUAAUAACUGCCUUUGAGCUCAUGGGAGAAAUCAGUGAGACUAUGAAAACGGUUUGCCAAUGCUGGAAAAACCUUGUUAAACGGCUGAUGUUGUCCACCAACUCGGCUUCGUAUUCUAAAUAACAAUCUUUGGCGGUUUCCUGAACUCUUUCAGUGUCUGUGUUGUACCACAUACAUUAAUAUUUGUACAGGAACAGCAAAUAAGGACACUUUAAGGCACUGAAUGAACAGUCUCGUAUGCUAUAUAAAUGUGUAUUUAUUUUUAUUAUUGAAGAAAAAUAAAGAUGUAUAUUUAUUCAAACGA